AUGGAUACGCUUUUCAUGAAGGCAGUGAGCAUUAAGAUGCCCGACUCCCUAGCCAAUCUCAUCCAAACCGAUCCGUGGGCUGGUGGAAAAUCUCGUACUCCUGCUGUGAAGCAAUCAUCACCCGCUGUCACACAAGCACCGCCACCAACACAAGCAGCACUAGCCGCGAAGAUGAAUCAUCAGAACGAUACACAGAACCUGUCCGAAGAGACCAAAGACACGAAUAGCUCGGGAGGGACGAAUCGAAGCAGCGGCGAAAGCGCCGGUGGUACUCGUAGCAAUGGCAAGCCAAAGGGAGAAUUAUCAUCCACCGUGGACACUCUCCUGAACAAAGCGCUGGGUUUUGGAGGUGCGAGCGAAGCUGAGAAGAAGAAGAGCGGUACUGCGUAA